UACACCCCAUUGCUCCUCCCCACUUCAAAAGGAAGGAAAAGGCAAGCCACAGCACUCCGCAGGGGAGGGAGUGAAACAGAGGUGUUCAAGACAUCUGCCCUCAGAAAGCCUCCCUCCAGUUCACGCAGGGGCGCUUAGCAGAGAACAGAUCAACUCACCCCAGCAGUGAGCAGCCAACGGUUCCCCCAUUCCACCAGGAUGGAGAAUCAGCAGCACAGUCCCAAAAAGGAGCCUGAGAUUGAGCUUUUUGUGAAGGCUGGUCUGGAUGGAGAAAACAUUGGAAAUUGCCCCUUUUGUCAGCGCCUCUUCAUGGUGCUGUGGCUCAAAGGAGUCAAGUUCAAUGUGACCACAGUGGACAUGACCAGGAAACCCGAAGAGCUAAAAGAUUUAGCACCAGGCACCAACCCACCCUUCUUGCUGUUCAACAAGGAGCUGAAAACAGACUUCAUUAAGAUUGAGGAGUUCCUGGAGCAGACCCUUGGCCCACCCACGUAUCCGCACUUGAGCCCCAAAUACAAGGAGUCCUUCGAUGUUGGUAGUGACAUCUUUGCCAAGUUCUCAGCAUACAUCAAGAAUCCACGCAAGGAAGCAAAUAUCAAUUUCGAGAAGGCUUUGCUGCGGGAGUUUCAUCGCCUGGAUCUCUACCUGAACACCCCUCUCCCUGAGGAGAUUGAUCAGGACAGCAUGGAGGAUGUCACUGUCUCCAAGAGAAAAUUCCUGGAUGGAGACCACCUGACACUAGCUGACUGCAACCUCCUGCCCAAACUGCACAUCAUCAAGAUCGCAGCCAAGAAGUACCGUGACUUUGAGAUACCAGCAGACAUGACGGGUGUCUGGCGCUACCUGCACAACGCCUAUGCCUGCGAUGAGUUCAGCCAUACAUGCCCAGCGGAUGAAGAGAUAGAGCGCACCUAUGCCAGCGUUGCCAAGAAGAUGACCUAGUGCGGCUGCUGGAAGCAUGCCGGCAGCACUGCCUCUGUCCAGACCCCCUAUGUCUCCGUAGUCCUGACACAACCACACCCCGGCUGAGAGAGGAACUGGAGGGGGGUUUAUGGCAUUAGCCACUGCCUUUUGGAAACAAUGCCUUGCUUCACAGCCAUUGCUGUUCCCCCCUCCUCUGUUGGCUGGCUGCAGCCCUGAUAUGCCAUCAGCAUGCAUAUGGACUGGUCACUACCUGGCUGCAGUUGCAACUACUUCCCCAUCCCCCAAAGACAGAUUUCCUUCUGGCAUUGCCAGUAUGGCCUGGAACCACCAUCAUAGGAAAAUCUGAGCACUAGCCUUUUGUAUUGGCACCUUGGUGGAAUAGAUGAGAUCUCCCAGACAGUCUUGCCAGCUACUGCCAUAUCAUCCACUGCUGGAACUGCAGGAGCACCUUGUGCCCUGCUCUGCCUGGCCCUGGUCUCUACGGCUGCCACUCAAACUGCCAGCCCCACACAGGCACAGCAGUCCUGUACACUUAGGAGAAAGCAACCAGGUGUCCAGGGAUACCAACACAUCGCAAAUUCAUGGGAGUUGUAGCUGUUUGAAUUCGCCCAGUCAUUCUUCUGUAGAAUCUGUAGCUGGUGUCUCUUCCACCAAGGCAUCCAUGUCAGCUCUGAAAACACCUAGAGGUUCUGCACUCGGUAGUUUAUUGCAGUGAUUAGCUACUCUUACUGCUGAAGGCAAAGAAUUGCAACAUGCAUCUAAUUCUCAUUUGGAUGUAGGGACAUGUCAAUGCUGGGGAUGAUGCUUGGCACGAGAGUGCCAGAGGUUGGGAAAGAGGUGCAUGGGGGCCUCUGUAGAGGGCUCAGGGCAGAGGGAUCUGCUGAGUGUGUUGGGAUCUCCUUGCAGACCAGCCUGGUGCAGUCAUGGCUCUACUGGUGUCAGAGCAUUCCUCCUGAGCGUACCAGAAGAAGUGAAAGCACCUAGAUCCACAUGCAGCUGGCUGUAAAGUCCCACCUAGCUCCUGUGAGCUAAGAAACCUGUCUCUGACUCACCUAACGCCAUGGAAGAUGCAGCCACGUGCAAAUCCAACUCCACCACCACAUCCCCAGUUCCCACCAAAACUGAAGGUGUCUGAUUUGGAGAGGUAUAGGGUAGGACAUUCAUGUGGGUUCCACACCCCAGGACUAGUCAGCCUGAGAGAGCAGGCAAAAACUGGUUUGCAAAGCAUUGUUUUUGUAGGACAUACCUGGGCAGGUUUGGUGCCAGCCCACUGUCCUUGGCUCUUUUUUUCUCCCUUCCCAUCCAGCAUCUUUGAUGCAAGAGGUAUCAAAGUCACUCAUCAUGGCCAUAACUUCCCAUCCUUCCCUGUCACAUACCUCCAGCUCCCCAGGGCUCCUGCCAGCAUGAAUUCAGCCAGCUCUCCCCAGACUUUUGCCAGUGGGCAAAAAAUACUGUAAUAUGGGUGUAACGGGCUCUGCGGAGACACAGAGAUGGCAGAAAAACCCUCCAGAUCUCACUACCGCUUCCCUCUUUGCACUAAAAUAUGUGUCCUUGCAAGCCUGCUUCUGAUAGUGCUGGGUUUGGGGACUGGUUUUGUUAUUAAUGGGUUUUGGUUUAUUUGUUUGUUUUUUAACUAAGAACAGCAAUAAACUUUAUUUUAAUAGUG